UGUAAGGAGAUGGGGGCCUCGGUGUCUCGCGCAAUCAGGAAUUUCAACCUAGAGAGCCAGGCGGAACUGGAAAUCAGCAAGAUGAAGCCCUUUCCGGCUCCCAGGCACCCCUCCACCAAGAGCCUCCUGCGACAGAUGAGCUGCCAUCCAGAAAUUAAGGAAGAAAUUGCUAGAAAAGAUGACAAACUGCUGUCUUUACUAAAAGAUGUGUAUGUUGAUUCCAAAGAUCCGGUGUCUUCUCUGCAGGUAAAAGAUGGUGGAACACGUCAAGAGCCAAAGGAGUUCAGAUUGGCAAAAGGCCGUGACUUUAACAUGAUGAGUAUCAAGAACAUUCCCAAAGGCAAAAUUUCCAUUGUAGAGGCAUUGACACUUCUCAAUAAUUAUAAACUUUAUCCAGAAACAUGGACUGCUGAGAAAAUAGCAGAAGAAUACUAUCUAGAACAGAAAGAUGUAAAAUCCCUUCUCAAAUAUUUUGUUACUUUUGAAGUCAGAAUCUUCCCUCCUGAAGACAAGAAAGUGAUACCAUCAAAAUGAAGAAAAUUUUGAAAUUACUUUUCCUGUAUGUAGUCCCCGUUCCCAUGCCCUGUUUAGUUUCUCAUUUUCAGCAUGUUAAAUUAUACAAAUUACUGAAUGUUUAAAGCUCCCUUCUUGAGAGAGCGUACGAUUUAUUGGGUUUUGCUGAAUUUUC